GGUUUUUAGAUCUAAACAUUUUUGAAGUAUUUAACACAAAAACACAACUAAAACAGACAUUGAAAUGCUUAUGCUUGCCCAACCAAUGUACUCUCCUCUUUCAAGCGAUUAAAUACACACAAAGCCAACUCAUUACUUGUGUAUGCUGGCGGUUAAAGUUCACGUACACGAGGGCUGGCAACCGCGAUUAGAUUCCGAUUUGGCACGGAUCAGAUCAGCAGCACCUACUCCACACUUAAUCUGGACUGGAUUGGCGCUACUGUCCCCACUGUGUCGAGCACUUGAAGAUCGCCACUGUGUGCCACUGUGAGUGUGGAAUUGCCUUCUCCGCAGCAAUCAGUCAGUGCGCGAUACUCACCCAAGACGGACGCCUUGGAUUGUUGUUAAAAACCAGUUUACGUUUUACUACGUGCAACGUGCAAAAUGCCAGCCAAAGAAGUAAAUCCCGACAUCCAGAAGGAACGCAACACGGCCACCUUCAAUCCACGCGAGUUCUCCGUGCUAUGGGCAGGUGGCGAGGAAAGAUACAAGGAGAAGAAGACUCUGGAGAAAAUGUUUCUGGAGGACCCUGCCCUUGAAGAUGACCUCCCUGUCUCCUACUUGUCACACAAGGAGCUCUAUGAGCACAGCCUGCGCAAAGCCUGCAUCAUUGGCGAGAAGAUCCGCAAGCUAAGGGCUGACGGCGAAGAUGGUGUGGAUACCUACAAUGCUCUCCUUGGCGGAUCCCUGGGAGCAGCCAUCUUGAAAGAGGGCAAUCCCCUGACCCUGCACUAUGUGAUGUUUGUGCCCACCAUCAUGGGCCAGGGAACCAUGGACCAGCAGGUGGAGUGGCUGAGCAAGGCCUGGGACUGUGAGAUUAUUGGCACCUAUGCCCAGACAGAGCUGGGGCAUGGAACCUUUUUGCGCGGCCUGGAAACCCGGGCGGACUACGACCCCAAGACCCAGGAGUUUGUGAUCAACACACCAUCUCUGAGUUCCUACAAAUGGUGGCCAGGAGGAUUGGGCCACACGGCUAACCAUGCCGUGGUGGUGGCUCAGCUAUACACCAAGGGCGUGCACCGUGGCCUGGCCCCCUUCAUUGUCCAGCUGAGGGACUCGGACACCCACAAGCCCAUGCCUGGCAUUGAUAUUGGAGAUAUUGGCACCAAGCUGGGCAUGAAGAGCGUAAACAAUGGCUAUUUGGGAUUGAAAAAUGUGCGGGUUCCGCUGAACAACAUGCUGAUGAAGAACCAGCAGGUCCUGGCCGAUGGCACCUAUGUGGCGCCCAAGAACAGUGUGCUCACUUAUGGAACCAUGAUGUUUGUGCGCUGCGCUUUGAUCCGCGACACCGCCCAGAGUCUGGCCAAGGCCUCCACCAUUGCCACCAGGUAUUCCGCUGUGCGUCGCCAGAGUCCCAUUGAUCCCAAUCAGCCGGAGCCCCAGAUCAUGGAACACACCACACAGCAACUCAAGCUGUUCCCCCAGAUAGCCAAGGCUAUUGUUUUCAAGACAACGGGCGAUGGCAUCUGGAACAUGUACAAUGUGAUUUCUGGAGAGAUUGAACAGGGUAAUCUUGAUCGCUUGCCCGAAAUGCACGCCCUCUCCUGCUGCCUGAAGGCCAUCUGCAGUGCCGAUGCCGCCGCUGGUGUGGAGACUUGCCGUCUUUCGUGUGGCGGUCAUGGCUACAUGGACUGCUCUAACUUUCCCACAAUUUACGGCAUGACCACCGCCGUGUGCACCUAUGAGGGUGAGAACACGGUGAUGCUGCUGCAGACGGCACGUUACCUGGUCAAAGUUUAUGGUCAGGCUCUCAAUGGAGAGAAACUGGUGCCGACGGUGGCCUAUAUAAAUGAGGCUCUGACCCAACAGAAGUUUGUUAACUUUGACGGUUCCUUGGAGUCGAUUGUGAAGGCUUUCCAGUUUGUGGCUGCCAACAAAACCCGCAUUGCCUAUGAGCAACUUGAGCUGCGUCGCAAGCAGGGACAUGGCACUGAGGUGGCAGCCAAUCUGUGUGGAACCUUCCUGACAGCAGCGGCAGAUCUUCAUGGCCGCGCCUUUUUGGCCCAGACUGCUUAUACGGAACUUUUGGAGUUGUCGCGACAGGUCUCGCCCGCCCUGGCCGAUGUCCUCAAGGUGGUCCUUGAACUGUACCUGGUGGAUGCCUGCCUCAACCGCAUUGGGGACUUCUUAAGGUUCAUUGAACUCACAGAUCAAGAUGUCACCAAGCUGGAGGUCCGCCUGGAGAGCUGCCUGAAACGUUUGCGUCCGAAUGCCGUCACCCUGGUGGACAGCUUUGAUCUGCACGAUCGCGUUUUGGACUCCGCCUUAGGAGCCUACGAUGGCAAUGUUUACGAGCACAUUUUCGAGUCGACCAAGAAAAAUCCUCUUAACAAAGAACCAGUGAAUGGAUCAUUCCACAAGUACUUGAAGCCCUUCAUGAAGGCUCACCUCUAGACGAUGCCAACUGAUUAUUAUCCUCACUACUGUUACUCUUGUAAAUAUAAUCUGUAUAUUUUGUAAUGUUUUUGUAUUGUUUUCGUAUUUCCGCAACCGUGUUGCUUAGCAAAAUGUCUGAAAGACAACCGAAAUUAUGGCUUAAGCAGUUGAAACUAGGCUUUAAAUAAACUGAAUUUCAAGCAAAA